GAAUGAUGCAAGCGCGCUCCCGACACUUCAGGUGAAUGAGAGGGAAGCGGAGGAGCGGGAUACGGUUCAGUGUGUGUCGCAGCGGGACGGAACAAUCAGAGGAAAAUGACUGGCGUUACGUCGCCUGGGGCUCAUGUGUUUAUGACAACAUACCUGCUCUUCGUGAUGGGAAGCGUUGCACAAAAAGUGUACUUCAACUGUGGUGCCAAGGUGGAUGUGGUGGACGUGCAAGGCCUCAUUCUGUCCCCUGGCUUCCCUUACAACUACUCCUCUGGAACACACUGUGUGUGGCUGUUCAUCGUGCCUGUCGACCACCAGCUCAUUCUGGAGAUGCUCGAUUUCGACGUGUUCGAAAGUCACGACGCCGCCGCUCAGGCUUCGGCCGAGGAAGAGGCGGAUGAAGAGGCCGCUUACACGCCCGGCAGCUCGGCGGCCGACGAAACGCCCCCGGCGGCUAACGGUCCGGCGCUGCAGAGCGCGGGGGGUGCCGCAAAGGCACAGCAGGCCUCCGAAGCUGGCGAGCGCAAGCAGGUGGUUGUGCAGGAACAGUCCGCGAAGAUGGAGAUUGCCAGAGUCUCUAAUUCGGCCAAAAGAGCCGCGGAAGCCGCCUCGGCGCCCUCGUCCCCACCGUCGUUCUCCUCCCUCCUCAUGCCCGAGGCCGUGCCUCCGGGGGACAGGGCCCACAAUUCUGCCUCCUCGUCUCACCUCCGAGGAGACCUCCACCCCAGUUCCAACCCGAGCACAGUUGUGGAGGAGACCCCCCUUCCUUCCUCGGCCCCCACCGACACCCCGCCUGCGAGCCCCGAAACCCAGCAGUCCAUGUUUGACGCCUGCCCGCACGACGUCCUGUACAUCUCAGACCUUAUCACCUUUUCCUCCAGAUUCUGUGGGUCCAACCGGCCUCCCAGCAGCCAGUUGGUCUUCGGGUCCAGCCAAGAGAUGGUGGAGGUCAUCAUGGAGCUCAUCACCACUACCCACUGGGGCCGUGGCUUCGCUCUGCUGUUCCACUACCACAACCUGACCGGGGACCGUCGCGUCUCCACGCCGGCAGCCAGCAAGGUGGACUCUUUGCUGGCUGCUGUUAGCGGAGCUGUGUUCUUCGCUAUGAUACUCACCAGUGCCCUCUGCAUCAUUUUCAGGCCCAAACUGUGUCCAAAAAGAGACAGCUCCUGCUCAUCCAGCGCUUCUGAGGUGCCAGGGGGAGUCCAGAACACCGGGGCUGAGGUCAAUGAGCUGCAGCUGAUGGCUAAGAACCGGGCGACCCUCGAGUCCAGCACAGAGCCGGACCACAACGAUGGCAGUCCGUCACAUACAGCCCGUGCGAGCGUCAACACUUCCCAGAACACCGACGUGGACCUUUCCUGUGGCGGUUUGACUGAACUGGACCUCGGUGCAGACGAGGUUUUCAUGGCAUCUUCAGCCCCGAGCCCAGGCAGGCUUCCUGUCUCCCCCCACACACAGCGGGAGAGGUUUUUGCGGCACAGCGACACUGGUCCCAGUCCUGCAGCCGACUGGCCGCCACCACCAUCUCCAGACUCGGCCACCUCCCCUGCCGGGGUCCGAUCCGCCAAGGACGGCUGCAGCCGACCCAGAGCGUGGAGCGUGCGCACCUUCCAGGACUUCCUCCCUCCGUUGCCGCAGCUGCACAAGAAGUGGUGCAGCUGGAACUCUACCAGUCCCUUCACCAAGCUGGUGGAUAGCGCUCCGUCCAGUUUGGUGGCUGACUGCCGAGUGGGCAACAGCGGGCAGAUCUUCUCCGACGUGCACCUCGAGGCUAAGACAGACAGCGGCGUCGUCUCUGACUCGUCCGUCAGCAACGCGUCCUUCCCCCUGACGCAGCUCGCCCAGAGACAGCGGCGCCUCAACUCCGCCAGCAACCUUCGCCGCUCGCGCUUCACGGGGCCAUACUUCGGUCUGCUCUCUGGAUCCGCAGAUCCAGCCAAGGCCUCGGGACUGCCUCACGCCCAGGGCUCCGCUUCGGAGCCCGUCUCCGGCGCUUCGUCCUCCACCCAGGGUCAGAUUGAGAGUGGCCAGGCUGGAAAGAGGCGUGACUUCUCUGGGGACGGUGAGCACAUGAGCGUGCCGGUCUUUGCCAUCUCUGAGGAGGAGGACCGGCAGCCUCUGGUCUCAGCAGAGCACCUGGAUCAGACGUCGACUUCCGCUGUGGGGAACGGACUGUCACGGGAAACAUAUGAGGGGAAGAGGUCGCCUAUCGGAGGCGUAGGCCUCAGCCCCCAAACCCAGAGGGCCAGGCCAGAGUGGAGGCCAUGGGGGAGCCAGGUGUCAGGGGGCGCGUGUCCCCUCUCAUCCAACUCCCCCAUCACCAUGAGCGAGGCAGCGGUCAGUAACAACCAGCUGGCUUUCGGUCCGUCUGCAGUGCUGUGCAGUGUGACCAGCCAGAUGUGAGCAGAUGAAGAAGAGAGCAGGGACCCUGGAGGGCCACUUAUGUAUGUCUGAACUCUUAGUGCCACUUUGCAUAUGUAACCUACUUAACUUCUGAACAGAGCUUUUACAAGUGUAUUACUACAAACUACUACUUUAGCCUUUUUACUCCAGUUGUUUUCUAUUUUUUAUAAAGAUGUAUGGACAAAGAUGAAACAAUAAUGCUGCUUACUAUGCCAAGGCACUGUGUUAUCAUGUUAAAAAAAUGACAUAUGAUUGCAAGCAUAAACACAAAAGUAUUUUCUGAACGACUUCUCCAUGAGCCCCAACUCCCAGGAGCACUUUAAACCCAUUUUGUCCGUCCGUUGAAUUCUAUGAUUCCACCAACCAGUUUCUUGAAUAGCCCGAUCAUUGUGAAUUUGUGCUGUGCUUGCUGCCUCAUUGUGUGAUUUUUAAUGUGGUGGUUCUUUGCAAAAGCCUAUUCAAUUACUUGCUAUCCAAAAGUGUUCUGCAGAGCAUAGGUCUUACAACAAAAUCAAUGUUGCAGUGGUUUGAAUACCAGUAUGAACUUCAAUGAUACAGGAUUAUAAAAGGGAAAUCAAAUAAUGACGUAAAAGCACAUACAGUACUAAUAAACACAAGGUAGAGCAAAAAAAAGUAGCGAUUGCAAUAAUAUUAAAAUUGAGUUAAUGUAAAGUUGUAAUAAAGGCUACAUCAUUUA